AAACAGAAUUUUCACACAUUUCCACCCCAUUGCUCGUACGGAAAACACAUUUGGGCGAAAAGUGAGUGACGACGAAGAAAGGCCACCAUCAGGACAUAAAAUAAAUAAUUUCCGUUCUCGGAGUUCGGAUUUAAAAGGUUUCGGUGCCCCGGAAAUUGGCUCGCGGUUCGCUCGAAACGGAACAUUGGUCUUUUAAACGUUUUUGGUCAAUGGUAUCGGUGAAAUUUUAAGGGAAAGUGCGAAGUGAACAAUGUUCUUCUAAGGCAGUGCAUACCUUCGGGCGUUUCGAGUCUGCUUAUUGGCUUCUUUUGUUCUGUUGCCAUCGGGAAAAAUUGCCUAACUCUAGGAGAAAGUUCAAAAACGGAACCAAUUAGAUUACCCAUCGCGCUAGCUCAUGGAUUAACAACGAGGGAAAUGUGUUUUUCUCCUGGAAGAAAAAAGUUUCCAGUAGUGUUUUCCUUCGUUUUCGUUUGCCUUUCUAAUAAGUGAUUAACGAAACGUAUGGAAGUGUUUGUGCAUUAAUGGGAAAAUUUGCGAGUGCAAUUCGGGGUUCGAAAAAAAAAUAUCAGUGCAGAAGGAGCCAGGUCAAGGAUUUUCCAUUCCCCAAAGGGCCACUCGAGGUUUCGUCAUCAUCCACGGUGCUUUUUCCUGUGCAAGAAACACGAAAAAAGGGCACCCUCAGAGAAGGGAGAAGAAAAAUUCGUGAAACAUUUUAUCUCUGAAACCUGAAAUAUCGAAACGUAAUUCGAAGAAAAAGCUAAUAAGACGUAGGAAACCAUGAUCACCAGUCCCUGCGGAGGAGUUUUGCUGCUCACGUUCUACGGAAUAGCUGCCUUGUCCGAUCUAGGGGUUGGGUGAGUGCAAAAACAUUAAACAAUUGGGUGCUGGUUGUUUUUUUUUGGUGAUGGUAAAGGUACCCUUACUAGUGACGGUGUGAUGAAAUGACGUGUGAGUGUGCUGCUACAAAAAACAAAGGAAAUAAAAUCAGGAAAACAAAAACAAUCUCCUCAAGUGAAAAAGAGUAACGAGCGCAAAUUAGCUUAACCAAAACGCGGAUUCAAAUUGGAAGCGGAUUCCCAAACGAUCGUAAUCGGAUUUCAGCCCGGAAAUCGAGAGUCAAAAUUAAUCAACAAAUGCACAGAAAAGAUUCAGUCGUGGCGGCGCGGUUCUGCGAGGGUGGCCACCGAUGUCUUCCGCCGAAGGAGUGUUGCGCUCAGGGCUGCUGCUACCUGUACGCACCACCUAGCGCACCCCGAACUCCGACCCCAGCCACCGACCACGUGCUGAAUCUGUUCUUCAUCAACCAUUGGUACUUCUGGUGCUUUCUGUUCGCCAUCGUGUUGGCACUGCUGUGUGCCUGUUCUCUAUGGAAGAAACGAAGACAACUGUGCGGAUGGGGAUCCCCAGGGCAUCACUCCCAAUCGGAGGGUGACUCGGCCGGGUCCUGCUAUGCACCGCCCCAGUACAAUCGGUGUAAUUCGUUCCACAUCCACGCACCACCCCCUUAUACAGAGGUAACGUCGAAGCCAGACCUUUACCCGCUGGUCUUCAGCUAUACGGGUGACACGGCGAAAGGUACCAAUGGGGGAGCGAACUAUCUAAUGGUGCAAUACUUCCGAAACUACAUUGUUCGACCGGUAGGGUCGUUAUCCGGAGCCAGUACGGUGGAUUCGCUUAGUUCGAGCUUCAUUUGUACGGCGAACGAGGCGAAUACGCUGGUGCCGCCACCGUAUUCGAGGGCCGCCAGUCCAGAUCUGUCCAUGUCGGUACGGAACUACGCCAUGCCGAGGUCAGCUUCUCAGCAAGCUUGCACUCUGGAGGGAGCCGGUGGUGGCCAUCGACCUAAUUCGGUGCCUAACGGGAGCUAUUACACUGUAAUUGGAGACUUUCCCGGUAGCCAUCGGUUUAUGUUGAGAUCCUCGGAAAGUGCUCACUUCAACAAUCAACAGGUGGAUAGUGGAAGCGGGGAAGGUCGAAGUGGUGUGGACAGCGGUGGAGGAACCAGUGAACAGUCGAGCUCGGGGCACAUGUCCGGAUCACAGAGCGAUCACUAUCGAUUCAGUGUACAUAACAGUAACAACAAUAACAGCGAGAUAUCCAAUCCAGUAGGACUGAUUUACACCCAACAGAACGCUUCAACGACAAUGCAAUCUAGUCGGCAAAGCUCCGUGGAUGGUAGUCUUGACAACGCGCAGCCUGCUAGUGAACACUCAAACAAUAACAACAUUACCAGUAACAGUAACAACAACAACAACAACAACAACGCAAGCAAUAGCACAGCAGCUCAUAGGAAUAGCUUGACAAAUGCCAACAUCUACAGUUCGUGCGGAUCGAUCGGUGGAGUCUCGAUAACUAUGCCGGCUAACUCCAAAAGCGAUUACCAGGAUCUGCAUGCUUUGCGAAGAAGUCUGGAGACGUGCUGCCAGAUCCUUCAGCAACAGCAAAAACAAGCCAAGUUCCAAUCGCAGCAGCAAACUUCGUCAGGUUUCACCGCUAACAGCGAAGACUCUCCCGUUAACAUCGAUCUAGCCAAGAAAUUCGAAGGCUUUAGAAAUUCGUACAUCGGCUCCAACACCGGGUCAAACGUAUCAAGCCUUGCGAAUCUCGGGACACCAGACUCACCUCCGCGAGCGACCAGUCCGACCGGUGAAGUUCGUGAGCUGCUCGAACAAAUACGUCAGCUGCAAAACAUCAGCGCCGCAAACAGUACCAGUGAAGGCAUCAUCAUCAUCAACCCUCAACUUCCGCCUAAUCCUGCGAAUAAUGCCUCAACGAACGCCUCCAACAGUUCGAUCAACGCCACCGGCAGUGCGGCCACAGCACCUCCCACAGCUACCGGUCAUAUUCGAAGACCCUCGUCACUGAUCAGCAAGAAGAAGUUCUUCUCCAAGACCCCGUCGCAAGCUUCCGGGCUCGGAUCCCACAAGGCGAUGUACAUACCGAUUAACUCCAAUCAGAACGGGCAGCCAGGUUCUUCCGGACGAUCGACGCUGCGAAGUCCCUCGGCAGUGGCCAGCGCUGCAGCCGCUGGACUUCUAGGCCGAGGUCGAAGUCGUUACAACUGGAUGUCCAAAUCGGCUCCGACAACACCGGGAACGACACUGCCUCCCGGAAGUUCUUCCGUUGCCAGUGGCCUCAUCGGGGACAACAGUCCUCUGCUGCUGAACGAACAGGACGAAGAUGGGGAGCAGAACGUUUAAACUGUGGUGACUGAUGUGUUGAAGGGAGAAUUCGUGGUGGGAAGAUUUGUGCCAGAACUGUAGGCUAGACCACUGACGCACAUUUAUAAGAAAAACGAAUACAACGGAACACAACUUAGCGAAUAGUGAACUCGAGAAAGCGCUUGAAAUUGGUUUGGAUGUUUGGUUACUUUUUUCUGAAAUUUCAGGAAGCUAUUAUUCUCCUUUGAAAACAAAAGAAGAACUGAAAAAUUUAAAAAUUGAAUUAAAAUCUUAGUUAAUAAAAAAAAUUAAUCAAAACACUGAAGAAAAAAAUCAAGCUGAAAAUUAUCAAACGAAGCAUUUAAAACUGCAUUUUAGUUUUGAAAACAAUUAUUACUUUGUUUACAACCCUGUUAUCUUAUUUUAACCAAAUCAAGCCUUUGAAACAAAAGAAAAACCAAUAAACCGAGAACCAACAUGAGGGGUGAUCUACAAUUCUAAACUCUAAACAAACGUAGUAAAACAUUUAAAAGACAGAACUGUCCGAUCGAGAUGAAACAAAUCAAAACCACAAACGUCAUAGUCAGAAAUUGUAAUAGAAUCAGCAAAUCACCGAAGCUUGUUACCAAUACUAAUAGAACUGAAUAGAUAUUGUUAUUUGAAUCGCAACUCACAGGCCAAAAUUGUUGCACUAGCAAGUGCUUAGCACUUAGAAAAGCAAAAGCCAACACAAAAAGAUGCUUCAAAGGUUUAUAAAUAGUUGACUAAGAGAUGAGUGAACUUUCUACCAUUUGGAGUUUUUUUGAGUAUUUUUUUAACUCUUAACAAGAAAAACUCAAAAUAGUUGAAAAUUAUCAUCGUCUCUUGAUUAGGCGAUUUGUUUACAAUAAUUUGUUGUUUUUCAAUGUGCAACGACAUACUAAUACAAUAGAACAGGUACUACUGAAGAGUGUUCGGAUCCAAAAGUGGUCAAACUAAAUUGCGUGUGAAUUUAUUCUAUUUUGUUUAUUUAAAAAACAUCUAAGUAUCUUUCUUUUUGAAGUCCAAUAUGUAUGAAGACGGAAGAAAUUAAUUGGGUAUUUUAGUAGAUUUUAGUAGAUUCCGGUCGACGUAGUACAAAUUGGCAAGCCUUUCGUUUGACGCCUGCCAUCAGACUUUGUACAGUCACCUUAUCCACAUUUUUGCCACAAAACGCCAGGUUGCUAUAAACUGAUUCUUGCUGCUAAGAGUUUUAUCGUUCUUCUUAAGGUUCUGCUUAACUACCGCCCAAUAUUUUUGGAUUGGACCAAGUUCUGGUGUGGGGACAUCCUUGGGCACAACCUGAAUGUUGUUAGCGGCAUACCACUUCAUGGCCUUUUUUCGAUAAAAGCAGAAUGCCAAAUCCGGCCAAAACAGCACAGACAAGUCCUGUUUCUUCAGAAAAGCCUGCAAACGCUUUUGAAGACACACUUCUAAGUAAAUUUCCUGGAUGACGCUAACGGUUGCUACGAAAUGUUGCUUUUCAGGCCACAGGUACAGAUAGCUUGCCAAACGAGAUAUUUCUUGGCAAACUUUGAUAGUUUUAUUAGAGGUUUUAUAUUCUUAAACAUUUCUGUCACCUUUCCCUUUUCCGGUUGCUGUAUAAUACUCUUGUCCAGGAGGCAGUCUGAGGUCUGCCUUGGCUUAGGUUUCGUCGUCCAUUACAACGCAAUCCAACUUUGUAAACGAUGCCGUAUGCAGCUUCUGAGAUCUUGUUUUUGACGUAAGGUUUUGCUUAUCGUUGCGAUUUGGAGUCACUACCUUGUUAUACGUCGAUAUUCCGAAUUGUUCAUUUAGCUUCAUGGACGGUUGUAGUCGAUAUUCUCAUCUAAUUUGCGACACCUCGAACGGAGAGAUUAGCGAAGCGCUUAAAAGCGCUAGCCACUCUUCUGUUCGUCACUGGGGCUCUCGGUUUUCAAUUUUCCCUCGAUCUAAGCUUCCUAGUUGUCGACAAACGUUCUCCGAACACUUUUAUUACUUGGUGACGGUGGAUUUGGACACAUUCAACGAUUUUGCUAUUUCUACGUGCGUGUAGUUUGGAUUUUUACGGCGCAUGCACAAAAUUUUGAUUCGUAGCUCGUCUUGCUUGGACGCCAUUUUGAUAACUAAAGAUCUAAUGUCAAAAUCCAAAUAGAAGCAUAAUUCUACAUACACCUACAAAAUGAGGGGUGUUCAGGUUUUCUAUAUGAAUGAUUAGAACAAAAUAAGGCAAAUUAAAGUUGACCACGUUUUGGUCCGAACACGCUUUACUUGAAUCAACUACACUAUAGGUUAUAGCAUCGGAUCACACGCUUAUCGAUAAACCAGAUUACACCAACACUCAAUACACAUUAAAACAAAA